CUUAACCCGCAUUACUAUUUAGCAUUUUAUUUAUAAAUGGUUUUAUUUAUUGAUGAUCAAAUAUGCAGUACUUAUUUAAAAAGUUUGAAAGUACUAGAAGAUUCAAAAUCAUUUGUAAAUCGUAAAAAAAGAGAACUUUCUAACUCUGAUCGUGUUUUGUAUGUAGCCCAACGCGAGUAUGCAACUAUAUCACCUUCUGUAAAUUGCCAAAAUUUUUGUCAUAUUGCAUCAGAUUCUGCUACUACCUGCAUAAUAGUAGUACUAGUUGAACACCUGACAAAAUCUAUUAGCCUGGCCCAUUUUGAUGGUGCAGACACAUUGAAUGGGAUUAAAAAGAUGAUCAAUGAAUUGAUGUACCUUUAUUCUAAAAGUUCAUAUUGUAACAGAGACCCUAGAUUUGAUUUAUAUUUGUUUGGUGGUUUUUUAGAUUCAAAAAAUUUAUCUAUUAAGCUGUUUAAUGAAAUCAUUUGUGCAUGUUCUCAAUCAAAGGAAAGAAUUGAUUUGCGGAUAGAUGCUACUCUUAACACAAAUACAACUAUUCAAAACAACGAGAAUCGUCCUAUAGUGUAUGGUGUCUCCGUUGAUAUUAUUACAACAGAGAUUGAUGUUAGCUCUUCAAGUUGCUGCUGUCCCGAUUUUCUUUUGCGAAACACAAGGUUGUUAUUCUCUAAAAACCAAUCUAUAGUGAGUGUAUAUGAUCUAAAAGAUCAAUGCAUUACAAUACCAGAGUUUUCUAUUUUUGUAAAUAAUAAUUUACAUCAGUUAUUGGAGCUACCAGAUGAUGUUUACUUAAAGCUUUCUUCGACCUCACCUCACUGUCAACCAGAAAACUUUGUUUUAAGCGGCAAAUCCACAAUUAAGUUUGUACUUAAGUAUAAAUCUAAGGAUUUGUUUAAAAAUAAACAUCGUAGAUAUUUUUUAACUGAAAAGUGCAAUUGGGAAAUGCUUGAUAAAGAUCAUAAACUUCUUUCAUGAACUAAAAAGAUUUUUUGUUUAAUGACUUUUUUAUCUUGAAAGUUAUUAUUAUUUUUU